CUCCUCCUCCUCCUCCUCUCUGAUCGAUCAACUUCAGGCUUGCUGAUCUCUGAUCAGCUCUAGCUCAUUUUUUUUCGAUACUUUGUUGUACUAGUGUCCGUGAGUCCGUCUGUUGGUGUCGGUCUGGUUUUAUCUGGUUUGUUCUGGUUCCGGCUGCUUGCUCCGUAACUUUUUGGAAUAAGUCUGAAGCUUCAUUCUCGGGUUGACUGUUAGCAUCUUUCUACUGGAGCUCAUUAAUCUUCUGUUCGCCUCAUUUCACGAAUCGUUUCCACCUCGGUCUCUGCUUCACACCGAAACCUCCCGCAGCUCACAGGACCGAACGGUUCGCGUCGCUACGAGGAGAGUUAGCCGGUUCGGUUCUGUUAGCUGGGCAACUGAGCUAACUAGCUAACUAUUAGCCUGAGUUAGCAGCUAGCAGUUAGCGCGAGCUGCCCAGGUAGUCGUCAUGCCGGCAAUGCUGGAGAGAAACUCAGAGGCUCCGGGGAAACGGAGAGGUAGAGCCCCGGCGGGAAGCGGCGGCAGCGGUCACGGAGCAGCAGCGAACCCCGGCGGGAAGAACCUGUCCGGUAAUGGAACCAGCUGCUGGGAAGAAGGAAGUUCAGGCUCCAGCAGCGACGAGGAGCAUGGUGGAGGAGGGAUGCGGGUCGGACCGCAGUACCAGGCCGUGGUUCCGGACUUUGACCCGGAAGUGGCCCAGGCAGCUCAGCUCAGAGAAAACCUCGGCAUGUUGGUUUGGAUCCCCAGCAGCUGUCUGAACCAGACUCAGUUGGAUGAGUACAUUGCUAUCGCCAAAGAGAAGCAUGGCUACAAUAUGGAGCAGGCGCUGGGGAUGCUUUUCUGGCACAAACACAACAUUGAGAAAUCUCUGGCAGACCUGCCGAACUUCACUCCAUUUCCUGAUGAGUGGACAGUGGAGGACAGAGUCCUGUUUGAACAGGCCUUCAGUUUCCAUGGGAAGAGCUUCCACCGCAUCCAGCAGAUGUUACCAGAUAAGUCGAUGGCCAGUCUGGUCCGGUUUUAUUACUCCUGGAAGAAAAGUCGCAGUAAAACAAGUCUGAUGGACCGACAGACACGAAAACACAAGAGGGAGAGAGGUGACAGUGAUGAUGAAGCUGAGGAUGGAAACACGAAUCCUCCCAGUGACUCCGAGUUCGACCCAAAUAAAGACGACAAGAAGGAGGUGAGUUCUGGAUCAGAGAGGUCAGAGGUCAAACCAGCGUCUGGACUGAAGGCGGGCAGCAAGGCGUCUCAGCGCUUGAAGAAACGUCCUCCCAGAGGAAUGUUUUUGAAUCAGCAGGAUGUUGUCUCGCUCUCGUCUUCGUCUCCUCAGGGGUUUAUCAGACAACUGGACUGUCAGCUGAUCUCCAUUAAGAGACAGAUUCAGGCCAUUAAACAGUCAAACAGCUGUCUGAAGGAGAAAAUCAGUUCUGGAGUCGAUGAGUUCAGACAACCGGAGGUUAAUCAGAAAUUUAACACUCGCUGGACCACAGAGGAGCAGCUGCUCGCUGUACAAGCCAUCAGGAAGUAUGGACGGGACUUCCAGGCGAUCUCGGACGUCAUUGGUAACAAGUCAGUGGUUCAGGUGAAGAACUUCCUGGUGAACUACAGACGGAGGUUUAACUUGGACGAGGUUCUUCAAGAGUGGGAGGCCGAACAUGGGAUGGAGGGGGAAGACAGGGGAGGAGGAGAGGAGGACAAGAUGGAGGUGUAUCCUGCUGAGGAGGAGGAGGCCGCUGCUAAGGAGUCAAAGGAGGACUCGUCCUCUCCGGUGGACCCACAGAAGCCUCAGGCCUCCUGAGACCCUCUGACCUCUGACCCCACCUCUCUGGUUUCGUCAUGUCAUCCUGUGUUUUAUUGUGUUAUCUUAUUUUCUCAGUUUAUCAGUUACUAUGUUGGACUUAUAUUGAUCAGGUAUGGGGUUUGUGUCUUGUCUGUCAUUACUGCUCUCUCUGGACCAAUCAGAAAUCAGACCUGACCUGUCAGUUAAAGUGGGUGGGACUUGAUUUUGUCUUUUUUUAAAUUCUAUAUGUGAAUCAUGUUUUAUGUUUUGAAUGUGUUUAUUUUUCCUUCUCUCUCUCUCUCUGUCUCUCUCUCUGUCUCUCACCCCCCCCUCUCUGUCUCUCUCU